AUGAUUGCGCAGCGGGUGGGCGUGUCGGCCCUGCGCCGAGCGGCAGGAAAGCCCUCCGUCUUCUUCAACUCCCAGAUUCCCAAGGCCGUCGUCGCCUCCAGCAUGUCCACGACGCAGAUCCGCCCCGUCGCAACCGCCAAGGUCUCCGUCGCGGACGGCAACGAGAUCCUCGCCAAGCAGCGCCUGCACCGCCCCAUCUCCCCGCACCUGACAAUCUACAAGAUGGAGCAGACGUGGUUCGGCGCCUCCAUCUGGACGCGCAUCACCGGCGGCGGCCUCUCCGCCGCCUUCUACGUCUACUUCGGCACCUACCUCGUUGCGCCGCUGCUCGGCUGGCACGUCGAGGCCGCCUCGCUCGUCUCCGCCGCCGCCGCGGCGCCCGUCGCCCUCAAGGCCGGCCUCAAGUUCCUCGUCGCCUGGCCCUUCACCUUCCACUUCUUUAACGGCAUCCGCCACCUGACGUACGACUUCGCGCUCGGCUUCGCCAAGCCCGAGAUCAACAAGUGGGGCUGGGUUAUCUGGUCCACGUCGCUUGUGUCGGCGCUCGGUCUGGCUUUUGCGUGGUAA